GAGAGAGAGAGAGAGCAACAAGGGAAGACCUGCCGGACUGCAAAGCAAAGUGUGGCGAAAGGGCAAUGUCAUAUGCUUCACUUUCUGCUGAUGACCCCGCUGAUGUCUCAGGAAACGCACGCAACAACAGGAUUCUGUUUUUGUCAGCUUGACAGUUGGAACUGGCCAUGCAUCGAGGAGACACAACUUUCACACUAUGGUAAUUAGCUGCUUCGGAUCCCGACAUCAGCAGCCAGAGAGGAGGAAGAGUGAGAGCGAGAGCAAGCGAGAGAGGAGAGAGAGAGAGGGAGUGAGAGCAAGAGCAAACGAGUGGGAGAGCUGUUACCAUGGAGACUAGCAAGCUGGGUUUUGUUCAGACUGCCGCGCCGGAGGGCUCAGUCGCAGCGACGGCCGCGCAUGAGACAGCAGCAGCAGCAGCAGCAACAGCAGCAGACAGGAUGCACGUUCAGUCGCCACCGCCACCGACGCCAACCCCGACCCCGACCCCGGUCGCUGCCUUCUACGUCCGCACCAUGACGGAACCACCACACCACCAGCAGCAGCAGCAACAGCAGCUGUCCCUAUCACAGCAGCCUGUGAUGACGCCUCAGCUCCAGCCGGCCCAGACCCAACAUCCCGCAGGGAUCCAGGAUCCGGCGCCCGCUAUCGGACUCCCCAUCCCAACUCUGUGCCCCAAGCAGAACCUGCCUAUUUUCACUUUCCACAUCGCCGGAGGGGUGCCUGUGACUCCCACAAAGUCAGUUGGAGUUGGAGUUCCGCCAGCAGUAGCAGCAGGGGUUUUAGCGUGCCCACCUUCCAAGCCCCCGAAGUCGGUGGGCAAGCACGUGUGCAACUACUGCGGGCGCGACUGCUUGAAGCCCAGCGUGCUGGAGAAGCACCUGCGCUGCCACACGGGCGAGAGGCCUUACCCGUGCAACAUCUGCGGCAUCUCCUUCAAAACCCAGAGCAACCUCUACAAGCACAAGCGCACCCAGGCGCACGCCCGCAUCUCCAGCGAGUCGUCAUCGGACAGGGACCGGGCCAGUGUGAGCAGCCAGGAGAGCCUGCACAGCUCCAGGGACACCUGUUUCUCCUCCAGCCUCUCUAUGGAGGUCCCAGGCCACGAUGGCAGCAGCAACAGCCUGGAGGGACAUGAGGUGGUGUUCACGCCGCCUCUCUUGACUGCCACAGAGUCGGGGACUACUCAGACACAUUCAAACCACCAGGGAAACACGCAGGGCUCAUCAGGCACAGUGCAGGCCUUGCAACAGGCUGCUAUGGUGGGUCUCAUCGCCGCACCCAUGGAGGUGCAGAAAGAGGUCGUGACCUCUAAAGCACAGCAACAAGUGGUGGAGCCCCCUUGUAGUGCCGGAAUUACCACUGCUGCGGGUGGUAGAGACUCGAAAAGAACAGCCGGGGGAGGGGGUCCAAGACCAUGCAGUGUCGGCGGUGGUGCACUGAUGGCACCGAAUCGACACCUCCCCCUGCAGAGGCAGGAGGCCACCCUCUCCCCGAUGGACUCCAUGUCCAUGUCCAGGGGAAAGUCUCAGAGCCACGAGAGCACUGACUCUGGCUUCAGUGACAGCGGCGAGCACCACUGGUCCUCCAGCCCAGGCAGCAACAGCCUUCAUGAUCACAGCAUGGAGUCACUGACCGAGUCCAGCAUGGAGACGCCAGAACACCCCCAGCAGCGGCACGCCAGCCAGAUCCAGAUAGGCUCAACUGACUCAGGCUCCUCGCCCGUGGAGUCCCGGAGCAAGGUGUCGGUCCAGGAGAAGAGGCAGCUGGAGGAGAGGAUCUCGAAGAUCAUCUCGAAAAACGAUGCGCUGAUGGACGACAAGCGACUGGAGAACGUUCGGCCCAGGAAGACGGUGCUGUCCAAGCAAGGCAGCAUCGACCUCCCCAUGCCCUAUACUUACAAGGACUCCUUCCACUUUGAGAUGAGGUCCACCACCACCACCACCGCCGCCACUGCCUCCACGCAGCCGUCCGUCUCUCCAGGCCCAGCAGUCAGGAAGACGAUACAGGCCUUCUGCACGUCCAUGCCACCCCAGCACACGGGCAGCCCAGAACACACUCCCCUCACCAGAAGCAGCUCUUUGCCCUUCAGUGUGAUGGGGCAGCUCAGCGACACCUCAAUCAGUAGGCCUGCCUCGCCUCGUCGCACGGACAGCCGCCUCACCCUGAGUCGCCGGAGUAGCAUGGGGCACUUGUACUCAGUGAGGUCUGCGGACCAACAGGGGCCAUGCCACAGGUCACUGGUGAGACAGGCUGCCGUGGACUGUCUUCCGGAAGUUUCCGCGACCGAGCGAAGAAGUCUGAGCAGCCUUAGCUCCGACACCGACUGCACAGAGGUCGCGAGCGAGCCUGUUGGCAGGAAGUGCCGCAGGAAACGCUCCCAGAAAUUCGAUUACAACAAGUGGUACGUCUAUGGCGAAGGAACGUUUAGGAAGAUGUACGGCAGUGGUGCUUCGUCUGAGAAAGAACAGGAUGCCUCUGUGGUGAAUGCACAAACAUCGCAAGCGACUAGCCUCGAGCAACAAAGGCACCAGGACAGCCAGGACAUUCAAAUCAGCCAGGAACAAGAUCUUGUCAUGGACGCACCACCAGCGGCAGUUUCCACAACAAACACGCCACCACUGAACACAAUGCAAAGUGGUCUUGGUACUGGUAGUGCGGUGCAAUGCGUCGACGGAAGACAAAACACUGGCAUUCCUUCAUUUGUUCUCCUGCCAGGAACCAUGUUGAAACCCACAGGGUUGCUGCCACAGCAGCAGCAGACAGAUAGUCAAGUGAUUGUUGGCGCUGACAUUUUCUCAUCAAAGGUCACAACAGGGAACUGGAACUUUGACGUCGCCCCACCUCAGGGCUCCUCUCUUCCCUCCGAGAGGAAGAAACAACGCACGGAGGAGAACGUCAGCGUUGCCACUGACAACGCGGACACCGAGAUGACGGAGGCGUGCGUCCCCGCUUACAAAAUCGGUCGCACAGAUGGCGACGUGACUAAUGGCGUGAAUCAAUCCCUGGCACCCGCCGAGAGAGAAUGCAACAGGCCUCCUCGCAUUCAGCGCCAAGACAGGCUGAUCUACUCCCACUUAACAACGCCCCGGCAGCCUCUGCAGAAGAGGCACAGCUCUCCGCUGUUCAGCGUGGGCAGACCAUCUGACCUCCAGGUCUCGCCGGCCUCCAACAACAACACCUCCACAAAUAUCCUCUCCACCACCGCCAGCACCAGCACUACCACCUCCACUUCCCUGCCUGUAAAAAACAGCUUCCUGCCAAAGUAUCAACUGAAACUCCCCCAGAUCUUGGCUACUACCACCGAAUCCAUUUUAUGCCAAAGACGCACAGCUCCGAUGAUACGUCAUAGUUUCUCCUCCUCGCAGAUCUUCACAACGUGCGCUCCCCGCUCAGGCCACAGCGACUCCAUCACCUCCUUCACCACCCUGACGCAGAGCCAGCCGGUCACACCGAUUCACACUCAGCAUCAGCAGCAGCAGAGCAGAUCGAACGGUAGUGCUGCUCUCUGCACGUCUGGCCUGUUUGCCCCUGGCCCACCAUGGGGGCCGUCCGCUGUGGCAGUCGGGGGACUGUUGCACAAAUACCCUGCUGCUCCAGUGCCCUGCAUACCUACGCGAACCUGGGGAAACACAAAUGGCAAUACCUCCCAGAUGUCACAGAAUCGGAUGACCAGCACCGCGGUCAGGCCUCCAGCCCUACCAGGUCAGUCUUACGUGUGCAAGACGGUGUUAGCACAGGGUCAGCUAGGCUCCAUCACUACACCACGUCAUAGCCGCUCCAUCACACCAGAUAAUCAAAUCGCACACGCUGCCAAAUUAUCCCUUGAACAACACUCAAAAUCUCUCACAGACGUCAGAGGCAUAGGUACAAUAGCAGCAUCAACAGGUCAAUUUCACAUUCAACGUUCUGCAACUAUUUCAGAUAUAGAUUUACACCACAGACAAAAUAGCUUAUCCGCAGCAGUGCUUUCCACUGGUGGGGUAAAUAAAACAAUCACAGGAGUAAAACUUAACCAGACAUCUGCUUUGCCAGCAAUGCAGUGUCUCAUUCAACAGGUUUCCCCUGUCACAAGCUUAUACCAGAAAACUGCAGCCAUGCCGUCAGCAGUGCUUUCCAGUAAUAAUAAUCAACCUGUUGGAGGCAUGGCACUAAAUCAGAUGACUGCACCUGCAACAAUACAGUAUCAUAUUCAGAAAGCCACACCAGUAUCCGACUUAAGCAGUAGCAUAUCAGCUAAACAAGACAUAAUUCCAACAAAACAGCAGACUACACCUGCUAAAGAAUUGUUACUCAGUCAUCCAGGGACACCAGUAACAAUGCAGUAUCAGAUGCAGCAAGUUACACCAGUUAUAGGUUUAGCACAAAAUGUAUUAGUCACACCUAGCACGCUACUUUGUUCAAGUCAGCCUGUCAGAGAGGGAACUAGCAUGUCCCUCACUCAACAAGGUCAAGAAGCUGUGCAACAUCACCCUGUAGCUUCCACACAAUUACACAGCCAAUUACAUCGGGAAAUUGCAGCUACACCCACAAAGUUUGUUUAUAGCUCCCAUGUCAAAUCUGUCAGACGAGAUGGGUCAUUUAGUCAGGCAAACCCACCUGCCAUAGUCCAGUAUCACGUUCAACAACUGACAGGAUUAGCACAAAAUCCUUUAGCUUCACCCAUCGCAGUAAUUGGAAGCCGACCAGUGAAGCAGGUCCCAGACAUGGCAGUUAAACAGCCAUCAGCGCCUACAACAGUGCAUGUGAUUCAGCAAGCAGCGCCCGCCGCCACAGCAUUGGCACAGAAAUCUCCACCAGCGAGUCAAACAAUUCAUCUUGUCACAGAUUUGACAGACAAACAGCCAGGUGAGGAGGAGGGAAAAGCACAUCACAUUCAACAACAACCAACAACAGUUCCACCAAUUUGCCACACUCAGUUAGCAACAGCCGUCACUGUAGUUCCCCACAGUCAGCCAUCCUCUGUCUCAUACACAUCUGUCCAUCACCAAGCCACGCCAAGCACAUGUUUUAAAAAUAACCAGACAGCUGUGCCUGCUGUCGUCGUGCCAAUAGGUCAGCCAGUUACACCUCACGUAGGUCACAUAGAUGAUCACCAGACCAGCACUGCAGCUAGUACAGCAGUGCAGGGAGCGCUGGUACCCCCUCAAGCAGCCACAGGCCCUGUGCAGGGUGGGGGGGUCUCGAUUGGGGUUACGACGGUCCCCCCACAGCCACCAUGCCCCAGGCCCCAUUCUCUGAGCUCCCAGACUGCCAUAACAGCCUCUGAGGUCAGCAGCACUGCCACUGCAACCGUCACCAUCCCUAAAGAAAUCGUCCGGGGAGGAGGAGGAGGAAGCAUAAUGCGUCUGAGUGCAGGGCCGCAGACUCAGGCUCAGGCUCAGGCUCACACCCAGGCUCAAGCUCAGGUUCAGGCACCGUCCGCUGCCCAGGACACGUUCAUCAUGACCACGCCAGACCUGCAGAUUGUCAUGCAGCUCAUCUCAGACGAGCAGCUGGCUCUCAUUGCACCGCAGAUCGAUACUGGGGAUUGCAGAGCAGGAGCUGCUGCUGCGGGGUGCUCCUCUGGGUCAACACUAGCACCCCAGGCGGACACGGGAGUGCAGCAACAUGGCUCAGUGUCUCAGGAUGUGAGUGUAAAUGUAUUGAGGACGACUAAUAGGGGUAGUGACGUGCAAUCGACACCAGAGGGCGCCACACUCACAACAACGCUGCCGCCAACAAAUGGCUCUGCUGUAAUGGCAGAGCCAGGUUGGUCCGCAUCCAUCAGCAGCGCUGCCAACACUCCCACGCAUGCUUCUGUGCUCAUUAGCAAAAACACAUCUCAGACAGCGAGCUCUGAACAGAGCCAGCCUACGGUUAUUCUGGACACAUCGCAGGGCUCAUGUAAAAUGGAUGAGGGUGGACAGUCCACAGACCUUGGAAUAAUUCAACAAAAACCUAGAGUAGGACAGGGAGACAGUGUGUUAAUGAACACACCCAGAACAGAGCAUAGUUUUGUGGAAGCCCAUGUUCUAGUUCAUAACCAGCAGUCAUCUGCUCAGUUUGCUGCCACCACACUCCACAGUCCCACAAUGCAAAGCUGCAUCAGUAAAGUGGCAGGUACUUACCAGCACUCUAGUCUAAGUGCAUCACACUCAUUAUCUGUCAAAAGCGAGCAGACGCACCAUCAGAGAGUACCUCCAGUUCAGCAAGGGGCCCAUCUGCCAGGUGUGUGCGUGAGACCUGCUCUCUCGGUGGGGUGGGCGAGGGCUUCUGGUGUCGAGACUUGGCCUCCGCCCGUCCCUGUUUAUCACGUUGCUUCUCCUACACCUGCGGCUCACCACCACCACCACCACCACCACCCAUCUGUUCCUAACCUCCCUCCUCCUCUCUCAGAGAGCGAGCAGGCUUCUUCCUCCGUCGGCGAUGAUGGUGUUUAUCAUCAUCAUCACCAUCAUCAUCCUGGCUCCGAGCCAUGCCCUCCGCCUGACGCCAGAGACACAACUGCCACAACAACAACAACAACAACAACACACACACGGACCGAUCCGCACCUCAGCUGUGAGCCGGACUUGCUCAGCAAAGCCGGGGCCCCUGCUGCUGGAGCUGGAGCUGAGGGCCCACUUACCCAAACAAUAUCAGCUUCCACAGAAAUAUCCGCCUCCGAGCAAGCCCGGUUGCAGCCACAGCCACAGCCACAGCCACAGCCACAGCCACAGCCACGGGAUGCCCCACUGGGAGUGCUCCCACAGCUACCCCAGCCCCCUGGAUCACAGCAAAGCUCAGUCAGCCCCGUUGGAUUAAGCAAGCUGAAUGGCUCGUUAGCUGUGCAACAUGGUGGUGGUGGAGCUGGUGCUGAUGGUAGUGGUGCUGGUGUGGACUCGCAUCCUGCGGCCUCCACAGCCUCCUCCUCACCUCAAAUGGGAUUGGUAUCGGCCACCUCAUCCGCUGCCCAGCGAAAACACAACCCGAGGGCCUGUGCAUUGAUGACACAGCAGGUGAAUAGUGCAGGAAGUGCCACAUGCAUGCAUGUUUUGAGCCAGAGCCAUGGGGCUGAGGACACACGUGAUGUGUGUUAUCCCACACCCCUGAGGGAGAGACUGGCCGCUGAUGCCUGCGGAACACCUGGAGGACCGCAGCCAUCCCAUCAGGCAUUGGGGCAGACUGAGUCCAGCAAGUCUUCCUCCUCUUCAGCGUGCAGGGUGGAAGGGAGUGGUCUCGGCGAUGCCUUACAGCAGGACCAGGGUGAUGCUCGCAACAUAAACAUUGAGAGGACGCCCAGACACAAGGAGACAUCAUCUGAAAAAGGAACAGGUGAUGGACAUAGCCAAAGCCAAGCGUCUCCGAGUCCGAGUCCGGCUGCAGCGGAGAGGCCUCGGUGUGGUGGUGGUGUGAUGCCUGACGAGCAGCAUAGGUGCGGAGCCAGCAUGGAGGACAGGGGACAGACGAGCAGGAGGGAUCACCGCAACAACAGAUGGCUGCCCGCCACUGGACAGCUGGCUGGAAGCAGCGGGGGAGGGGGAGGUGGAGGUGGAGAGCAAAACGCCUGCGGAGCUGCAGAGGGAACGUCGAGUCCGCAGACAGAACCCAUCAUGAAAGAAUGCAACAUGAGACAGGACGACACGGGAGUCGGCCAUGAACCCAUGUGGGCCCCGAUUGCACCUCUUCCUCCUGCUCCUCCUCCUCUUCCUCCUGCUCUUCCGCAGUCCCAGGAGAGCACUGACACUCUGCUCAACUUCAACCUCAACCUCCAGCCUGACACCCACUCCUCAUGCACCAUCUCCUCCCCACUACUCCCACCACCCCCCAGCGGCACCAUAACCACCUCCAGCACCUCUCCACCCUCACUACCACCCCCACCCCAAAGCCAGCCUGCCUCCACCACCACCACCACCACCGGUAGCAGCAGCAGCAGCUGUCUGCCCAACAUCAGCAGCUCUUCUCCUCCAGCAGACCAAUCAAGGACACAUAGUCCAACAAGUGAGCUGCAUGCGAACCAUCCCCAACAACUCGGCUACACCCAGCAGCACACCAGCACUAGCACAAGCACCGGCCCCAGCCCUCCUGCUGAGCCGCUCUCCGGCAGCGGUAACACCACGAGAUGUUAUCAGGCGGAACGAGCCGGGGAGGCCUCCAUGACCCCCCUGGAGACCAGGGUUCCUGAACCCCCACCUCCACCUACUCCUCCUCCCUCCCUUCUCACUCCUCCUCCUCCCGCUCCCCUUCCCGGCCCGACUCGCAGCAGUGCUGGUGACCUGCCGCUGCACUCUGUACCCCCUGCAACUGCAAAUCACCCGCCUGCCGAGCACGCCGGGGCACAUGUGGUGCUGGGAGUCAGUGGAGAGCACGGCAGCAGCAGCAGCAGCAACACCAUCUCCACCAAUGGCAGCAAGAGCAACAGCACCAGCCACAGUGGCGGCCCCUUCAGAGGCAUCAGUACUAGUAGUGACAGUGCUGGCUACCUGGGAGUCAGUGGAGAACACAGGAGCAGCAGCAGCAACAGCAGUAACACCAUCUCCACCAACUGCAGCAAUAGCAACAGCACCAGCCACAGUGGCGGCCCCCACAACAGAGCCAUCAGUACAAGUAGUGACAGUGCUGGCUACCUGGGGCUCCACACGGGGCCCUCAGCUGCCUCUGAGGUACUGUGGAACUCACAGCAUCCCCCUCAUCAUCAUCAUCAUCUUCAUCAUCAUCAUCACCACCACCAUCUCUCUGCUGCUGCAGGGUCACAGUUGAGCAUGCUGGAGGUGGGGAACCGGUGUCUGGAUCUUCACCACUCUUCCCCACCAUCAUCAUCCUCCCAUCCAGCGGUGGGCGUCAACCAGAACCACAGGAGGAGCCUUGCUCGGGCUGCCAAGGGACAGGGACAGGCUCAGACUCAGGCUCGGACGCGGACACAGCCGCAGGGGGCAGACGGGGUAGGCAGCCUGAGCCGCAGCCUCCGAGGGGCGCGCAAGUGCAUGCAGGGCGAGGAGGACAACUCCUCCAGCAGCAGUGACGACGACGGGAAGCUCGUCAUCUGCACGUGAGACAUGAGUUGCACACCACUGCACAUGUGUGCUCACUGACUGAACACAGGGAAGCCGACAGGGGAGACAAAGAGGACCCCAGGGAGAGGUGGGGGCCCAGAAUUGGGUCCUCAUCACAUUACAUGUACGGUAUGUAUUGGGUGGGUGGCCUUUCAAAUGACUGUGCCCGGGCCUAGCCAAAGCUGUCAGCGGCCCUGACGGCUACACAUGGACUCACUGCACACGUAACCUCAUACUCAUGCACGUUUUGCUGUGAGAAGUCAACAUUGAGAGCGAGUAGGCCUACUCUAGGAUACACUUUGAAACUAUGUGUUGAACUACGUGUUGAAUUAGUGUUAAUGCACAACUCCAGCGGUGGCAGCAGCAACGACAAUGACAGGAAGCUUGUCAUCUGCACACGGGUGCACGGCACAGGUACACACUGCACACACACUGGACAAGUGGACGAUGCAUUGGACAACGCACAAUGCACACGUAGUCAAUUCAUUUCUCGGUGAUAAAUCGACGCUGACAGGGAACGACCACUCUCACAGGGUACACUAUGAAAAAGUGUUACAUUUGUGCUGAAUUAGUGUUAAAUUAGAGUCAAAUUGAACUCUAUAAAGCGUAUUUGGUCCCACAGUUGAAGUGUUGAAACAACACUGCAAAAUAUGCUGUGUAGGUAGGAACACUGACGAAGACAAUAAAACGCUUACCAUGUGCUUGUGAUAAGAACGCAGAUGUAAAGAGAGCCAACCCUAAAUACACCAUUUCUUAGGGCAUUAAGUGUCUUACUCACCCACGCACACAUAUUAACUAAAGGCACGGAGUAAAUAAAGCACACUCUGUGUCAAUAAAAUCUUGCACGCAUACACGACACACACGCAGCUUUUGGUAUUUUACUACAGUCAGCAAUGCCAAAGACUUGUUUAGUCACCCACCCACCCCCACAGACACAGACACAGACACCUAC